GCAGGGAAGUGUUGCAGAGUUGCAGAGUUGUAAGGAUGCAGCGUAUUCUGAGACCUGUUCUGUGAUAACGACCUGAACACAUUUUGUUUUUUAAAGUGUAGAUCUAGCUUUGAUAUUGCUAUUUCUGUGAAGAGUCGGAUAAAGAGUUAAGGCCAUGAAAUGAUGAAAAAAGCGAUGUUCAACAAGUUCACAAACUUUCUGCAACAUGCUGUGGAAACGUUUGUACCAAAUGUUGUUCCUCAAGAGGAAUUUGUGUAUCACUGGAAAUCAGUGACAAGCUACUUUGUGGACAAUAAAGAUGCUGGUGCCCGUAUUGAGGAGACUGCACUUCCUGAACACCUGACCUCCAUGCUGAGGAUCAUCCAGGAGGAAGAGUCUGACCUUGGGGAGGCGGGCACUACGGGGGUGUGCUUAGAGUACCUUCUGCAGCAUCGACUGUUGGAGACGCUCUACACUCUAGGACGGACUGAUCACCCACCAGGUAUGAAGCAGAUAGUGCUGUCCUUCUUCACCAAGCUCUUGUCUCGUAUCUCCCACCCGCUGCUGCCACACAUCAAUGUGCACAGAGCUGUACAGAGGUUGGUCAAAGCAUGCGGAGAGACUAAAGCAGCUCCUACAGAGAAAGAAGAAAUUGAGUUCCUUUGCACAGUAUGUGCAAAAAUAAAAAUGGAUCCUUAUCUGGUCAAUUUUUUCAUUGAAAAUUCAAGAAGUUCAGUGGAGAGAGCUGCCACUUCAGCACCUCGUCCACCUGCUGCUUUUAGUUUAGUGGAAGCUCUUCUGGCACUUUCCCAGAGUGAAGAUGCCAGAGUAAGCUUGAAGGCUUGUGAAGGUUUGAUGCUGUGUGCCAGUCUACCAGAACAGUCAGCAGCGACUGCUCUCAUCUCACACACACAGUUCUGCAGCUCAGUGUCAGACACUCUAUGUCAACUCUACGACAAACUACCGACCUCGGUGUACCCAGAAGAUGUGGAAGGUGUUGAGGCCAAGUGGGGAUUUGACAACGUAAUCGAGCGCAAUGAACAGUCAAGCUUCGCGGGAAAACGUCACGUGAUUUUUUUCCUGUCAUGGCUGGACUACACUGACCAGCUCAUCUCUGUGGCCAAUCCAGAGGUGGGGCAGGCCUUGGCUGUGGCAGUACACACUCAGUUCUUCACAGUCAAACUACUACCCCAGCUGACCCAGCUAUCUGAGUCAGGAACCAUUGUGGGCACAACUUAUGUCACUAAGUUCCUGCGCACCAUCUGUUCUCCAGCUUUGCUGAAAGAGUUUUGUUUCUUCUUGCUGGGCUCUGACCGCGAUUUGGAGCAGAGAGACGGUUCAGGACAUGCACUCACCAAGAGGUUGUUGGAAAGGUGUAACCAUCUAUCAGAGGAGGUGUGCAUUGCCACUCUCAAGCUGUUUGACACUCUUCUUCAAAAGGAGGAAGAGCACAUUUAUCACUGCCUCUUGCUGCGGAACCUUCUGAGCCGGGGUUACCUGAGGAAGAAAACACCUCCACCUGACUCAGGUGUAUUGUCACUGGGAUCGGGACAACUUUUAAGUGAACCGCAGAACCCCUUGAAAGACGAAGGUAGUAGUAUCCCUGACUCAAAUACUCUAACAUCCCACAAUGUCUCAGAUUCUGAAGCAAAUGGGAAUCUGGAGAUGAAUAUGGUCGACAAGCAAUCUGAGGUAGCGGAGAGAGAGGGCAGUGCUGUCACACAGCUGACUAAUGACAUGGCAGAUGCUAAGGUGUCGGAUGUGACACAUUCUCCGAGUGAUGACACCAGUGACUCCAAACUACCAUCAGAGUCUCAACAGUGCAAGGAGGACAGUGACGGUGUGAACAGCAGUAAUACCACUGAGUCGUCAGAGACCUCCUCUGUAACUUCCAGCUCCACCAGCUCCCAGAUCACUUCGAGUCCUACGACAUCUUCCAGUUCUUCUGAUUAUCUGCGGUCCCCAGUGUCUGGUCGUUCUGAGGUACACAAAGUGGUCAACUGUUUUCUGAGCCUCCUGCCAGAAGAGGCCAAGUCCUCAUACCAGACGGCUGACAGUGGCUAUGACAUGUAUCUCAGAGACGCACACAGACUGUUUGCUAUACAAGAGACAGUCUGCAAGCCUUGGAAUUGGCCAAAAACUGCUGUCACUCUGUCUGAGUAUGCUACCAAACCGUUCUACGAGGGGUCAUUCCUACACAUGCUUUUAGAGAAGUUGCUACAUUUACUUGACCAGAGCUACUCUGUGAACCUGCUUCUCACUGCUCUCAUCUCAAAAGUGGUCAUGAUCCCACAUCCAAACCUACAUGAGUUUCUACUGGACCCAUAUCUGCCCAUGUUGGAGGGAACUCGCACCCUGCACUCUGUGCUCCUUAAAAUUACAGGAGAAGUGCGACAUCACCAGCAGGCAGAUGCUGCGUUUUCCCAGAAACUAGUUCUGGCGAGGAAGCAGCUGUUGGGUUUGGUGCCAACAAUCCACAGAUCUCAAGAAGUUACACCCUUACUCAAAAGACAGAGAAGCCUUCAUAGACAGAAAGCCAGGUUUGAGGACCAGGCCAGGAUGGAAGCAGUCAUUGUCUUGGAGGAGUUCUGCAAGGAACUUUCUGCAAUUGCCUUUGUCAAGCACCAUGCUGCAGUCACUCGCUUUUGAGGUGGCAAGCCUCAUCACAUAGGCAUAUGUGUCGGUACCAAUCAAAAUCAGACAUGCGUCGGAAAUUUUUUAAACUGAGUUAAUCUUGUUGUCAAAAACAAUCACCUUUUCCUUUUAAGUUAAAUAAAAUAUUAAGUCAAUCAGACAAUAUGUGACGAAAAUAUGAAAACUUAAAUACCGCAAGGUACGGAAACAUUAAUUAAAUGAGAAAAUAGGCUCCAAAGUUGAGCAAUAUGUUGCUUAAACCACAAGCAUCUCAGAAAUAAAUAAUGAUGAAAUUCAUUGAGUAAAGUAAUUUAUUUUUUGUUUGAAAUGACACCAAAAACAAAAGAACAUUUUUAACAGAUAAGAAAACCCCCAAAAUUGACUGAAGGUUGAGUUUUUUUUUGUUUUUUUUUUCCCUUUGGACCUUGUAGCUUUGAUAACCCAGUGCAACUUAUGCCUAAUUAUGAUUGGUGCUGACACAUAUGUUCCUUCGGGAGCUGAGGUGGCAAAAUGUCGUGAAAUGGCCUUGAAUAGGAUUUGUUUUUGAUGCUGUGUGACCACAACAUGGGAAAUGAUGCCAAGUGUACCUGCUACUUUCUUUUGAGGUAUUGGGUAUAAGGUGCAUAAAAUAUUGUCUCAGAAAUUUGACUCUUUAUUAUCCUCCACUCCAACAUUAGAACAGAUUUUAAAAACCAGUUCAGACAAUUUGUGCUGAACCUUCUGAAAAAAUUUACUUGAUUUCUGGAAUGAAACAGAGAUCCUUUGUAUAUCAAAUAUUGCAAUAUCACACACAGUCUGUUUUUAGGAGUAGCAUCUGAACAGAGAAUUCCAUGAAUAGAUAAGUUUGGUGUUGAAAAUACUGGUGAGUUGACUAUGUUGGUAAAAGCAAAUUCUGGAAUUGUGCAUAAUAUUGUCAAAUCAUUGAGCACUUGUUCAUGACAUUUUGCUUUGAUUCAGUAAGAAUUUGACCUUCAUGAAUUUCUAAAAACAUUUGUGUGUUCCUGAAUAUGGUCCUGACAGUGAUAAAUCAUAAUUUUUGACCCUGUUGAUGGUUACAAAUAUUUGUUUGUUUUAUUUGUUUUAUUUGCUGAUGUCUCGAUGCCAUAAGGUAAUAAAAUCCAAAGAAAUUUGUUUUGUGAUUACAAACAAAUUGUCCCUUAAAAGGGCCUCACAUGUAGCAGUAACAGUUUGUCUUCAGAGUUACUGUGGUCCUUUAAAGACAGAGGGUGCAUCUCUGUUCGAAAAUAUAAGGACAUGGAUGAAAAUAGUAUGCUAAUUGUAUUUGUGAGUCCAAUUUCUUAUUAUGUAACUAAGGAGGUGCUUGAGCGUUCACUGGCUGGCCAUUGCUUCUGCCAGGAGAAUUAACAUCUGAUAUUUUUAUAGCACAUUCCCUCAUAACUUUGUCUUUUGUGUUAGAAGAAUAUGAAGGCUGUCACCAAAGCUUUACAUUUUUUUGUCUCAAUACAAUAUUGUCACCAGCUCUUCCUACUGCACAUUACUCUGCUUGUGUAUGAUAUGCUGUUGGUUCAUUAGUUGUCAUACUGGACUACAACCUUGCUUCAGAUGCCCUACAUGUUAUAGUUUUCCCAAGAUCUCCAGCUGCUUGACUUUAAGUCACGCAGAACCACUUUUCUUGCCUCUAUGCUCUUAAUGAUAUUGUCAGGAUGCCUUCAGAUGGUGUAGCUUACAUUAUGGCUGAAAUUUGUCAAAAAUUGAUGUUUUAAGAUGGUGUAGGUUGCAUAAAAUAUUCCCUAAAAUUUUCAAGUCUCGAAGAUUAUUUACAUAUGUGAAGCAUCAUGGUGAAAUGGUGAAAUCAGGUGCUCGUCAAAAUAAUAAAA